AAAAUUUGAAAAAGGAUGGCUAAAGUGGUUUUGGUUACAGGUGCAAAUAGUGGUGUUGGCCUGGCUCUGUGUGAGAGGCUUCUGGAUGAGGGGGUCCACCUGUGUAUGGGCUGCAGGAACAUGCAGCGAGCCGAGACGGCACGCUCUGCCCUGCUCCGCUCCCAUCCCUCCGCCCAAGUGGAUGUGCUACAGGUGGACACCAGCAGCACCAUCUCUGUGCUUAGGGCAGCACAGGAGUUCAAACUCAGGUAUCACCGGUUGGACUACCUCUACCUGAAUGCAGGAAUCAUGCCAAAUCCACAGUUUGAUGUCAAAGCAUUUUUCCGAGGCCUCCUCACUGGCCAGGUCAUAGAAAUGCUGGCUACAGGAGUGGGAAUCCUUACACAGAAGGACAAUGUUACUCCUGAUGGCUUUCAAGAAGUGUUUGCGACAAACCUCUUUGGUCACUUUCUUUUGUUCAGGGAGCUGGAGUCGCUCCUCUGUGGCAGUGGGCAGACAUCACAGCUGAUCUGGACCUCCUCGAGUAAUGCCCAGCGCUCAGCCUUUUCUCUGGACGACAUCCAGCACAGAGCAGGCUCACAGCCCUACAGCUCCUCCAAAUACGCCUCUGACCUGCUCAGCCUGGCCCUCAACACUCACUACAACCAACAGGGCUUGUACUCUUCUGUGACAUGUCCAGGCUUCGUUAUGACAAACCUCACCUACAGAGUCUUCCCAUCAAUCCCAGCUUUCUUCUGGACGCUACUGAUGCCUGUCUUUUGGCUUAUAAGGAUGUUCACCAACACUUUCACCCUGACACCUCAUUAUGGAGCUGAGGCUUUGUUUUAUCUUUUUAAACAAAAACCUGAAGCACUGGACCCUUACAGCAAGUACCACAGUUUAACAUCAGGGCUUGGGUACACAUACUCAGAAGCACGAAAAAUGGAUGUUGACUUGAAAACAUCCGAAGCCCUCUAUGAAAAAUUACUGCAACUAGAAAGUGAAGAAAAGAGGAAACUUCAGGAUCAACAAAAGACUUUUGAUGGUCCUGCAUUAUCUUAG